AUGGCUCCCACUCCGACUAACGGAGACCUUGCCGCCGACCCCACAUCCUCACCAAAACCAGAGUCGGGCUACUGGACAAAAGCAAACAUCGCCGUGACCACCGUCUUCGCUCUCCUCGCUCUGGGAGUCUUCCUUGCCUUGAUCCUAUUCUACCUUCACCGAAGAGCCCAGAAGAAGAAGCUUGCCAAACCACACGCAGACAAAGCUGGCUUGCUCGAGAAUGAAGACAAGACGAGCAUGUUCAGCCGGCACCGAGCUAGCAGCGUAACAGUAUAUGUCGACUCGGAAGUCGACGAGCAAAGCAAGAGAGCUAGCCAAGAGACUCCAAGCAGGAUCCCGAUUCAAAUCACACCGGUGGAAGAAAGCAGGGAUCCGAUAAACAACAAAAGGGGAAGCACGGGUAGCGGCGUCAGUGCCAUGAGCAGGAACACCUUGAGCACCAUACUGCUGAGCCCAAUAUCACCGCAUAUUGAAGACGGUGAUUUGAUGCAGCCAACGGGCAGGCCACGAAGCACGAGUUCAUCGAGCCAAAAGGCGCGAUACUAUCAGACAACACCCACAAACAUCGAGAUGCCACAGAUUCCGAAAAUUAUUCGAACACCCUCCGAUGAUGAAACGAGACGAUGA